UCCUCUAUAAUUUGCCGACACCAUGCGAACCGAGCAAAGGAUGCGAUACUGAGAAGCGGGUCUCGGUUCGGUCUGGUCCGGUCUGUGGAGAAUUUCCAGACCUUGCCCCUGUCCGUAAACAACCAGGCAUGGGGCUCAUGGGGCUUUUUGGUCUUUUUGUUGUCCUUGUCUUGGCCUCCUCUUCUUUUACAGUGCCUAAGGCAGAGGCUCACAUUGCUGAUUUUGAUGAGACAUGGCAAAACAGGUCUGCCAUAGCUCGGCAAGUUGCUUUGGAGGCUUAUGUCCAUGAACCUCACAAUGUAACCGACCAUGUCAACCAUAUGGUGCACAAGGCCUUAGAGGGCAACAGCACCCGCCGGCACUUGGGCAAGUACACGGGAGCAUGCAUGGCUACCAACCCGAUCGAUAGGUGUUGGCGGUGCCAACGCAAUUGGGCCCGCGACCGCAAGAGGUUGGCAAAGUGUGCCCUUGGGUUUGGUCGGAAGACCACCGGCGGCCUUAAGGGCAGAUUCUAUGUUGUCACUGACGCCUCCGACGAGUCACUUACUGACCCUAAACCAGGUACACUCCGUCACGCUGUGAUCCAGGACAGGCCCCUAUGGAUCACCUUCAAACACGACAUGAUCAUACGGCUCACGGAAGAGCUCUUAGUGAACAGUCACAAGACCAUCGACGGCAGGGGAACCAAUGUGCACAUAGCUUAUGGAGCAGGGAUCACGAUCCAAUACCAGAAAAAUGUGAUCAUACACGGCCUUCACAUCCAUGAUAUCAAGGCAGGGAAUGGGGGCAUGAUAAGGGACUCCCCUGAACACUAUGGUCUGAGGACUAAGAGUGAUGGGGAUGCAAUCUCCAUAUUUGCAUCUUCCUUUGUAUGGAUAGAUCACAACUCCAUGAGCAAUUGCAUGGAUGGCUUGAUUGAUGCUAUCAUGGGCUCAACUGCCAUAACCAUCUCUAACAACCACUUCACUAACCACAAUGAGGUGUCGCUGAUGGGAGCAAGCGACAGUUUCUCUGAUGACAAAAUAAUGCAAGUCACUUUUGCCUUCAACCACUUCGGAAGAGGACUCAUCCAGAGGAUGCCCAGAUGCAGAUGGGGUUUCUUCCAUGUGGUGAACAAUGACUACACUCACUGGGGUAUGUACGCCGUUGGUGGGAGCCAGCACCCCACUAUCAUCAGCCAGGGCAACCGCUACAUCGCCCCUACCGCCAACUAUGCAAAGGAGGUGACCAAGAGGGACUACGCAUCAGAGGAUGUAUGGAAGCAGUGGACAUGGAGAUCGGAGGGCGAUGUGAUGAAAAAUGGAGCAUUUUUCAGGGAAUCAGGGCCACCCUCGACAGAUAAAUAUACAAGGCAAGAUAAGAUCACUGCAAAACCAGGAACUUUUGUGGGCAGGCUAACUCGCUUUGCUGGUGCACUUGUGUGCAAGAGGAAGUCCCCUUGCUAGAAAUUUAGUGUUUUGAACUAGGGACGAUGAGAGAGAAAGGAUAAGUGAUGUAGAAAGAGAAAGAAAGAUGUGUGUGUGAGAGAGAAAGGGGGAUGAGAACUCAAGAGAGCAAUUUGACUGUUGUACAAGGCAAAACAUUUCUUUCAUUGAUUUCUGGCGUGUACUGGUUACUUAUAGUGUUUGUUUUGUGUCUGCACUCUACUUCCCUUCCUAAUUUCUUAUAUAUGAGAUAUUAUGUAUAAAA